UCGCUAACGAUGGGGUGCUAUUUUGGCUGUCUCUUUUAGCAAGAGAAGAGAAACCCUCCUCCACCCACUACAAAUUACCAAAGAUUAUUCUUUUUAAAUAUAAAAAUUCGACAAUAAAUAUUUGGAUGUAGUAUCUCUGUCUCUCGUAUAGUCUUACAUAAUAUAAAAGCCAAUCGCUUUUAAUCUUUUAUCCGGGUGUGGAUGUGGGAGGCUCAUUUGGGCUCUCAAAUUUGUGCUUGUUUCUGAAGAAGAGAAGAUAAGAGUAAGGCUACCCAUUUUUAUUUAUACUCUCUGCCAAGAAAAUGAGAGGGAGUUUGUGGCAACUUGGGCAGUCAAUUACCCGUCGUCUUGCUCAGGCUGAUAAGAACUCUGUAGCUCGUCGAUUCUAUUCUGCAGAUUCUGAGCUUAAGAAAACAGUUCUCUAUGAUUUCCAUGUCGCUAAUGGUGGGAAGAUGGUGCCGUUUGCUGGGUGGAGCAUGCCCAUACAGUACAAAGAUUCAAUUAUGGACUCUACUCUGAACUGUAGGGAGAAUGGCAGUCUUUUUGAUGUCUCCCACAUGUGUGGCCUGAGCCUCAAGGGAAAAGACAGUGUUCCUUUCCUUGAAAAGCUUGUUAUUGCUGAUGUUGCUGGGCUUGCCCAUGGAACAGGGACCUUAACUGUUUUUACAAAUGAGAAAGGAGGGACAAUUGAUGACUCAGUGAUUACCAAAGUCAACGGCGAACAUAUAUACCUGGUGGUGAAUGCCGGCUGUAGGGAUAAGGAUCUGGCUCAUAUUGAGGAGCAUAUGAAAGCAUUCAAGGCUAAAGGUGGGGAUGUAUCAUGGCACAUCCAUGAUGAGAGAUCUCUUCUUGCCCUCCAGGGUCCCCUUGCUGCUCCAACUCUUCAACAUUUGACAAAAGAGGAUUUAAGUAAGAUAUAUUUUGGAGGGUUCAGAAUAUUGGACAUCAAUGGGGCGAGCUGUUUUCUCACAAGGACUGGGUACACUGGUGAAGAUGGAUUUGAAAUUUCUGUUCCAUCCGAGCAUGCAGUUGACCUUGCCAAAGCGAUCUUGGAAAAAUCUGAAGGAAAAGUGAGGCUGACAGGACUUGGUGCUCGAGACAGCCUCCGGCUAGAAGCCGGUCUGUGUUUAUAUGGCAAUGACAUGGAACAGCACAUAACACCUGUAGAGGCUGGACUUACAUGGGCCAUAGGGAAGAGAAGAAGGGCAGAAGGUGGCUUUCUCGGAGCUGAGGUGAUUCUCAAACAACUUGCUGAUGGUCCAUCGAUCAGGCGUGUUGGCUUCUUCUCUUCAGGCCCACCUCCAAGAAGCCACAGUGAGAUUCAAGAUGAGAAAGGUACAAACAUAGGGGAAGUCACUAGUGGGGGAUUUAGUCCCUGCCUCAAGAGGAACAUAGCUAUGGGAUAUGUGAAAUCCGGAUUACACAAGGCCGGGACCAAAGUGAAGAUUGUGAUUCGAGGAAAAGCCAAUGAUGGUGUUAUCACAAAAUUGCCAUUUGUACCAUCAAAGUACUACAAGCCAUCCUAAUUCAAGUGUGGCCUCUCAGCUCCGGAAUAAUCUAAUUGGCUCUCUUUGACUUCUUUCUAAAAUUUGAGUACUGCACUCGGUACAAAUUUUCGAUUUUCUAUUUAUUAUGUGUUUGGAAUGGAAUGAAGUAUGUGCUUUUGACUUGCA